CCAAUAAAUAAAGCACAUAAUCUUAUGGGUGUUAAAGUAUUAAUAACAAUUAUUGAAAAAUAUAUUGGCAAAAGAAAAAGUAUAUAGAGAAGGAAAUGAGCCGUAGUGGUUAUAACGUCAGUGCAGCUUCUAGGGAAGGCUUCUUCUUCUUCCUCAUUCCUCACAAACGGUCAAACUCUGCCUCUCUUUCUUCCUCUUCUUCUUUAAUUCUUAAUCCACCAAACAUAAACACAUUCCUAAUCAGAUCUCCACUCUCCGAUUCUCCUGUUCCUUCUCUGUCGGCAGUUACAAACCCUUUGCGUUUCCUAGAAACCCACCAUUUAUCUCCUUCUUAAAUCAGAGAGUCCUCACUCAAACUUAACAACUUCUCUUUUCUCCGUCUCUCUGUUUCAAGAAUGUCUUGUUUCUUAACUUGUGUACGUUUCGAUGACUCGACCACCGACAAGAAACCCAAGAUUACUGGAUCUGUCUCUGUCUCCGGCAUAACAUGUUAUACCUGGGGCGAUGUAGAGUCUCUCACCUCAAAUUUCUCUAGACUCAUCGGUUCCGGUGGCUACAGUAGUAUCUACUUGGCUCGUUUGUCUGGCGCCAAAAAAGCGGCUUUCAAGGUUCAUGUGGGUAGCCACCGUCUUUACCAGGUGUUUAGAUCUGAGCUCGAGAUCUUGCUUCGUCUUCAACAUCCUCACAUUGUCAAGCUUCUCGGUUACUUCGACGAUUCAGAAGAAACUGGUGCGCUUCUAUUAGAGUACCUUCCUCAAGGUAACCUCCAAGAGAAGCUCAAUCACAACAGCAAACAAGUGUUGCCAUGGAGAAACCGCACCGCCAUAGCGUUUCAAGUUGCGCAAGCGAUGGAACACAUUCAUGAAAAAUGUAGCCCUCAGAUUGUGCACGGUGACAUCAAAUCCUCCAACAUACUUCUUGACAAAAACCUCAACUGCAAGCUUUGCGACUUCGGAUCAGCCAGAGUCGGGUUCUCAUCUAUGGUCCAGCCUUCUACAACCAUGUCGUCACCUCGUUCCAAGCAAGUGAGGAUGAUCGGGUCUCCAGGGUACACUGAUCCUCAUUACUUGAGAACGGGGAUUGCUUCGAAGAAAAUGGACAUGUAUGGGUUUGGAGUGGUGGUUCUUGAGUUGGUUUCUGGUAAAGAAGCGGUUAGCGCUGAGAAAGGUGAGAUGCUGGUGCAUACGGCAGCUCCAUUGAUCCAUGAUAUCUGUGAUUUAGGUGCCAAUAUUGCAGAAGAAAAGGUGAGACAGUUCUUGGAUCCGAGGUUGUCUAAGGACAGUAGUCUUGAUAUAGAAGAGGUUAAGACAAUGCUCGGUGUGGCUGCUUUCUGUCUUCGCAGCCCGCCAUCUCUCAGACCCUCGGCUUCUCAAGUAGUACAGACUCUUGUCCAGAAGAUCCCGUCUCUGUCUUUCCUCAGUUGUGGAAAAGAAGCGUGAUACAUACAAAAGACGAUGAGGUUUAGGUAGUGACUCGUACUUGUGUUGCAGUCUAGUAGGUUUAUAAGAACGCAAAAAGAUUCUGAACGUUGCUGAGAAGAUUGAAUUUUGUUGUUGUAUAGGAAAUUCUGCAAAACCCCCAAAAGAAAGAAGGUAGAUUCAAAUUCUUCUUCUGCUUAGUGGUUUGUAUAGUAAACAACAAACAAUAAUUUGUGUGAAAAAUGGAUUUUGUAAAUAUCACCGUGUGAUGUACAAUACAGCUAAUCUUAUAUAUUAAAAUAGAAAACAGCUAA